CAUGCGCCGGAAGUUGCUGCCGCAGACAGCAGCAGCAGCAGUGAUUCGGCAGCGCAGGGCAACGGGAGAAAAUCAGUCCGUUUUAAACCAUGGCGACGUACUAAAAGAUGCCUUUCGCAGAGGUGAACGGAGAUUGCUCUGUAACGUCAUGGAGAUGGACGGAUAUGAUUAAAAACCCAAACUUCUGCGGCUGCCCGGACUAUGGAAGUGAUCAGGGUUUACUCUGCACAUGUGUGAGGAGAAGUGUGUGUCCCAUGUUGCAUUAGUGUCUGUGUGAAAUGCUGGCCUGUCUGCCAGGGCCAGGUGACCUCCCCCUCCAGCUUCUCCCCCACACGCAGAUGAACACUGGACUUCAGAAAUGGGACACCACACAAAGGAUGAGAUCCGCUCCGUUUCCGACCCCUGCAGAAUUGGAUGCAUAUGCUAAGAAGGUUGCCAACAACCCUCUCACCAUCAAGAUCUUCCCCAACAGCGUCAAGGUCCCCCAGAGGAACCACGUGCGGCGUACUGUAAACGGGCUGGAUACAACAGGCCAACGCUACAGCCCCUACCCGUCUUCUCAGGCCAGUGCCAAGACAGGCCUCCUUGCCAUCAUCAGGGUGCCCUCAGUUAAAGGCAUCCUCAAAGAUUUUGACGGCAGCCGGGCUCGCUUGCACCCUGAAGUCAUUAUGAAUCCUCCCAACAGACCCUACCAAGUGGCUUCGACCAGCACUUUAAACCACCACCCACCUCUGCAGAAUUUUCCCCGGAUGCAGCAGAACUUACCCCUUCCCCCACAGGAACAGCCUCAGACUUUACAGAUGCCCCUUCCUCAGCAGGGUCACACCCAGAGCCUCAGACACCAUCCUCCCAUGGCCCAGCAUCCUCAGGGCCCACCAAGACUCCAGACUCUGUCUCAGCACCCAACCCUUGUCCACCCACAGGGGCCCCCUACGAUCAUGCUUCAGCAGCAGCACCUCCAGCAGCAACCGCCCCCUGGCCUGCAAGGGGGCAUGAAGCUGCCAGAUGGUGAUGCACCACCUAACGUUACUGUCUCUACCUCAACCAUUCCACUCUCCAUGGCUGCAGGGCUGCACCAAGGCCGCCAGGCUGACCUGAGCACAAUUGUGCAUCAGAUCAACCAGUUCUGCCAAGCCCGAGCCCACGGCGCAGGAGUCACCUCCAUGUGUGAGGGCCAGAUUGCUAACCCCAGCCCUAUCAGUCGCAACCUGCUUAUCAGCGCCUGCUCCAGGGUGUCAAUGCAUAGCAACCCUGCCACCCCUGGCUACCCUCAAUCUAACUGCAUACUUGGCCCUCAAGAGAAACACCCUACCCAACCCAGUGUGGCUGCCAUGAACCACUUGCCUUCAAACCAUGCUGAUCCCAAGCUGCAGCACCACCUGCAGCACCUGCACCAACAAUCCAAUCAGCUGCAACAACAGCUACAACAUAACGCCCAGCAGCAGAAUAUGCGCUCUUGGAGUCAGCACCAGUUGUCUCAUGUACCCCACAUCCAGAACGGUGGUUCCCACCUCUGCAAGCAGCCCUCCAGGGACCCCGCCUUCAACUUUAAGAGCAUGGGCUACCCUACAGAGAUGUGUGUGGGUCAGCCUUACACACUGAAACCCCCUGUCGACAGGCCAACGCCCUCUCCCCCCGUCAUCCACAAUGGUAUGCCCGGCCCCAUGGCCCACUAUACUAAUGGUCACUACUUCCAGUCCCAUAUUUGGAAUAGCAGCAUCCUCCCCACACCCAACAGUGACAGCUCUGGCUCUCAGGACAUAGCAAUGCCAUUCCACAACGCAGGCCCAGGGGGUUGCACCGCACUGGACUGUGGGCCCUCUGGGGCUCCACAUUACAGGCUAGGAACGAGUUCCUCCACCUCCUCCUCCUCUGCCCAGACCAAUCUCUUGCAAACAACAGAUUACUUGGGUGGAGACUUCCAGACGCCCUACUUCCGUGAUCAGAAUCUAGGGUUGAUGGGCAAGAUGCACAGGCCUCCUCUGAGCAGGGUAGGUCCGGAGGUUGGGGAUGGCAGAACCGCUCUCCUCCAGCACCCAGGGUACAGAUAAGCUAUGGCCUUGUCUUCACAAAAGUUAUCAAACCCUUUUGUUUAGUCUUAAGAAAGGAGACACGUUAAUAAAACUCAAUUGAUAACUUAAAUGACUGCUUAUGUUAAAGAGGGUAAAUUAAUAUAUUCAAUGAAGACAAACAGUAGGUUUUUUUUUUGUUCCUUUUUGGAAGAAUCUUGCAAGUGAUCAAUUGCUACGUUAAUUUUUUUUGAAUGAGUGCUUUUACCUUGCACUUAAGGAAACUCGUGCGUGUGUAUACACGUCUGUACUGUAUGUGUGUGUGUGUGUCAUUCCCACCUCCUUCCUCUAUUUGUGUGCCUGGAUCUCAACUGAUCCUGUGUUUUUUCUUCUUCACAACUAUCGAUUCAGUUUUCUUAUGCAUGUAAGAAAGAUGAAAAACAGAUAGAUCCCCUCCCUGAAAAAACCACGACAUCUACGCUGGAUGCUUUCAGUUUUGAAAACGGUGGACUUUGAGUAGCUUCGGUAGACAAGAUGUUGUUUUUCCUUUGGUGUGAGGCUCAAAUCUUAUUGUAGCUGAAAUAUGAAACAAUCAGUUGAUGACAGAAGAGAGCGUAAGGAUCUUGUUAGAGUGCACACUUACCUAAAGACCAUGCAGACGAGAAAGUACAGAAGGAAAAGCUUGCGAUAGGCUCAUGUAUACACAGGUUUUAUUCUUUUGAAAUGUAAUUAUUUAUUUGUAUUAUAGGACUCUUCAUGGUUGAUUCCUCACUGUCAGUUAAGGAUGCAUGUGAUCAGGUUGUUUGUACAUAGUAGACGCUCAGCCGCGCUCUGUCCUGCUGAAUCUGCUGCGAUUAAUUCAGGUGUUCUUAAAAGAAAAACAUGUCAAAGCCGGGAAGGUUUGGCAAUGAGAUUGUGAAAUGUUUAGCGCAGAAAAAAGUCAUAAAAGAUGAACUGUUGUACCUUGAAGAUGGCCAAAGUCAGGUAAACAGAGACAAACUGUUCUGAAGAUGUGCCAUUGUUUGUUUGUUUCCUUUUCGGAUUGUUUUUGUAACCAUGCAAACUGUACUACUUGAAUGUUGAGAUGAUUUGUUUUGCAGAAAUGGAAGGGGGACUGGUUUGUAAUGAGGAUUAAAAGAAAAGAUCAUAGUGUUAUUCUUGUAGAGAUGAACUACGAGACUCAGCAGAGUUUUGAUCCUGAUGAAGGAACUUAAAGUCAGGGUUGGUCAUUUCCUCCAGAUCCACUUUUUAAGAUUUUGGUGGAAAUUGUCUUUAGGUCCUGACGGAAAUUAAUUAAUGUUCUCUGAAAAAGGAACAAAGAAAAUCCGUCAUCUGUAUCAGUUGUAAGCCCGUAAAAACUUCAACCAAUGUCUGCCACGAGGUACCAAUCUGAUGAACCAAUCACACGCCUCCCUGUCUCCCUGCUCGCUCUCAACCUCCUUGCUCUAGCCCACACUCAAAGCGCGUCACAGAUGACGGAGUUUAUACUGUGAGUUUACUUAGCACUGAAUGAGACAUGAGACGAUGAAGAGAUGAGCUGAGGUCCUCUUCUGGAGCAACAGCGCUCGUGCAUGUAAGUGAGGGGCGUGGCUUUAGAGGGAGCACAGAGGGAAGGGGGUGCAGACGGAGCACUGAGGGAAUGCUACUUUCAAAAUCAUGCUAGUUCUCGAAUAUUACCAACCCUGCCUUUAAGUGAAUUAAGUUGUGUGUAGUUUCCACUGACUCAGCUGUGAAGACCAAAAUUGAUCACUUGCAAGAUCCCUCGGAGAUAAAACACGACGGACUUUUAAGUUCAGAGUGAAACAGCAAAUGCAUUGUUUAUUUUAUUGUACACUGGCUUACCUACUAGACUACUGUAACUUUGAAAGUUUAUUGAUUGUGUGUGAAUGUUGCCCGCUGACGUGGGUAGAUUUAAGGGUGAGCGCGUGUGACGGUGAGAAUGUGUGUGUGUAUAGAAAACGAUGACGCCCAUGUUUUGUUCACCUAAUUCCCUAACAGCCCUUAAAAAGCCUUAAGUGUUUGGUCCUUGGACUUCCCUUGAAAAUGAGCAUGGUUUUAAUAAAAACCCCAAAUAAUAAGGAGAACGAAGGAAGACGCUACGGAGACACAGAAACAGCAAUUAUUUUCUUUUUCUUCUGCUCUUUUUUUAAUGGACGUUUGUUUUGAAUAGAGCAAUUCCUUAGAGAUUCUUUAUCGCGGAGACGUAAGACGAGACAGAGGAGUCAUAUUUUGUAAUUAUAUAUUUUAGCAACGUGUAGUUACUGAGCUGUAACUUUUUUUCCCCCCGAGUUUCGAAGCUUCAGUUUGCAGUUGUGACUAUUUAUAAUACUUGAUUUGCUUGUUAUUUAAAUUUUUCCUUGUUUCUUGUUCUGUUGCUGUGAAAUGGAAGAAGGUCCACAAGUCGUUCUUUUAUGUGUCAUUCUGUACGACCGACAAAGAGGCGAGAGCGUGAGAGUUGUGCUACUCUUUUUGUAAUAUUGUAAUAAUAAAAUAAAGUUCUAAUUUAUGCUUUGA